ACCAUCUUGGUUGAGGGCGGAAGUGAGGACUGUGUCGCGCUGGAGGAGCCCACAGAUUCUCCUGGACCCACGUGGAAGCGGCACUCAAGAUGCUGCGCCGCGAGGCCCGCCUGCGCCGCGAGUACCUGUACCGCAAGGCCCGGGAGGAGGCGCAGCGCUCAGCCCAGGAGAGGAAGGAGCGGCUGCGGCGCGCGCUGGAAGAAAACCGCCUGAUUCCCACUGAGUUACGCCGAGAGGCUCUGGCCUUACAGGGGUCCCUGGAGUUUGAUGAUGCCGGAGGUGAAGGUGUGACCAGCCACGUGGAUGAUGAAUACCGAUGGGCAGGAGUCGAGGAUCCCAAGGUUAUGAUCACUACCUCCCGAGACCCCAGUUCCCGCCUCAAGAUGUUUGCAAAGGAGCUGAAGCUGGUGUUCCCGGGCGCCCAGCGAAUGAACCGAGGUCGACAUGAAGUGGGGGCACUGGUGCGAGCCUGCAAAGCCAACGGCGUCACCGAUCUGCUGGUCGUUCACGAGCAUCGGGGCACACCUGUGGGGCUCAUCGUCAGCCACCUGCCCUUUGGUCCUACUGCCUACUUCACACUGUGCAAUGUGGUCAUGCGGCAUGACAUCCCAGACCUGGGCACCAUGUCGGAGGCCAAGCCCCACCUCAUCACACACGGCUUCUCCUCCCGCCUGGGCAAGCGGGUGAGUCUGGGGGCCUUCAGGCUGGGGCUGCGGGCCAGGCCAGGCAUUUGCCACUCUGUUUCCCUCUCUUUCUUUGUGCCCCAGGUCUCUGACAUCCUCCGAUACCUAUUUCCCGUGCCCAAAGAUGACAGCCACCGGGUCAUCACCUUCGCAAACCAGGACGACUACAUAUCAUUCCGGCACCAUGUGUACAAGAAGACAGACCACCGCAACGUGGAGCUCACUGAGGUCGGGCCCCGCUUUGAGCUGAAGCUGUACAUGAUCCGUCUGGGCACGCUGGAGCAGGAGGCCACAGCAGACGUGGAGUGGCGCUGGCACCCUUACACCAAUACCGCACGCAAGAGGGUCUUCCUGAGCACCGAGUGAGCACACUCACCACUCAGUCAGGACAUGGACUUGGAACUCAGGAUGGGGCUGUCAUAGACAGACCCACCAGUAGGAACUGUCACAGAAUGGCCUGCUGAACUGGGAUGUGGAACUGUGGCGGGUGGAGAGGUCUGAAUAAACCGUCUGUGUCAUGGCCCCGCCUGCCUCUGAGUGGUCAGGCCAAGUCUGCAGGGCAAAGCCCAUGGGGUCCCUUUGGGUGGGGACCUGAGGGCUGUGGGACAUGCUUGGGCCUGGAGUCAGUGUGGGGGUUAACAUAGAGAGAGAUUUGAUGCUAACGUCCCCUCAAGAGUGAGGGUCCUAUGAGCUCUUCAGCUGGCAGAUGUGGGUAGCAGGGCCAGCCCGUGUCAGGGGCAGCUCACCAAGUUAACUCACUGAGUGGAAGCCGCCAGUGUGCCAACGCGGAGGGAACGGGCCACACCCAGUGCUCAGCAGCUGAUUCCUCAUGUAAGUGGCAUCGUGUGGUAUUUGUUCUGUGUCUGGCUUAUUUCUAUUAACAUAUAAUGUUCUCCAGGUUCCUCCAUGUUAUUGCAAAUGAUAGGAUUUCUUUCCUUGUAAAAAAUAUACGUGCCACAUUUUCUUACCAAUCCAUCCACCAAUAGACACUUAGGUCGUUUUCAUAGUUUGGCAGUUGUGGAAAUGCUGCAGUAAACAUGGGAAUAUAGCUAUCUUGUGAAGAUAAUGAUUUCAUCUCUUUUUUAUAUGUAUACCCAGAAGUGGGAUUGCUGCAUCAAAUGGUGGUUCUAUUUUUAAUUUUUUGAGGAACUGCCAUACUGUUUUCCAUAAAGGCUGUACUAAUUUCCAUUCUCACCAACAGUUCACUAGGGUUCCCUUUUCUCCACAUCAUUGCCAACAUUCUUUAUCUUGUGUUUUUUAAUAACAGCUAUCCUAACGGGUAUGAGGUGAUCUCUCUCAUUGCGGUUUUGAUUUGCAUUUCCCUAACGGUUGGUGAUACUGAGCAUUUUUGCAUACACCAGGUCAUUUGUUCUUUGUUGUUGACUUGAGUCCCUUAUAUAGUUUGGAUACUACUGUGGCCUGAAUGUUUGUGUCCCCCAAAAAUUCGUAUAUUGAACUCUUAUCCCUAAGGUCAACAGUUUAGGGAAGCGAUUAGGUCAUGAGGACUCUGCCCUCGUGCAUAGAAUUAGUGCUCUUAUAAAAGAUGCCCGAGGGAGCUCUUUUGCCCCUCCUGCCAUGUGAGGACACAGCUAGAAGCUACCAUCUGUGAACCAGGAAGCCCCCCUCACCAGACACUGAAUCUGCUGGAGCCACCAUCUUGGACUUCCCAGCCUCCAGAGCUGUAAGAAAUAAAUGCCUGUUGUUUAAGCUA